UAAUCCGUACGCCGUUCGACGCACCGCCGCACAGCUCGCCGCGCAGCAGCGCCACUUUUCGCUCUGUGUUGCCCCUCUCACCUCUGGCCACUCGUCGUCGUUUCGUCGUCGGUCGCCACUCGUCAUUCGUCAGUCGUCAUUUGUCAGUGCACAGCGUACGGUCGUCGUUGGUCUCUCGAAUCUCCUGUCGGUGUGACUGCAGUAGCAUAGAUAGUGGUUUUUUAAUAUUGUUUUUUACCAUUUUUUUUUUUUAUUUUUCUUUCUUUCUUUUCUAUCGCCCCCGUUGUUUCGGCGUUUGAAAUAGAACAUAAUAUUAUUAUUAUUGUAUAUUGUAUUUUACCACACGAACGCCGUUGAACACCGUUUUGGACCGAUCGUGUCCAUCUGUUGACAAUGUAUUUUUAUUUCUGUUGCCGUCUGAAUUCUGCCGACGUCAAUCUCAUCACGCGAGUGCUACAACUCAAGGGCUGAAUAUUUUCACCAUUGUCGUAAAAACGCACUGUUCUUAACGGUGUGCGUGCUCUGCAACCAUAUUCCGGUUCCGACACCGCUCCGAUCACUGCUUCCACCACUCCUACUCCUCCGCUGUUUUCUUUCUCUCGUCGUGCGCGUUCUACCUUUGCACACGUAGCGUCGCCCGCCUCUCAGGUGUGCUAUCAGGUUGCGCAAGUGUUCACGGACGACCAAAUCAGACAUCCGGUAUCCCGAUACCUUUCGUUCUUGCUUUUACACGCCGGUGGCCAAAGUGGACUCGACAAAUUUCCUGUGCACCAUCACACUGGCCAGCAAAGUGGACUACGUCGUACGUAGAAGAUCCAUUGGUGGCAUGAGGCCAGACCUGCAGAAGCUCAUCUAUCACACUUCUUCAGAUCACUUUUCAGAGCUAGACGCCAUCGCCGUGCUCUAGUCCCACACACCGCUAGCAGUAUAGAAUAGUUAUAAUUGGUGUGAGCGCUCGAGUCCUGUUUUAAGUGUGACUGUAAACUUCAACAUCAUGGCGCCUACGAUCAUGAUGCGGCCCAUUAAAAAGGAUUGGCAACGUCAGUCACAGUCUGAAUCUGAGGAUGAUGAUUUAGUUGGAAAGAAAGAUUUAAUGCCGCUAGUAAUGUUCCAAGUCGGCCAACAUUUUGUGCCCUUGGUUAUAACAAUGGUAGGUUUGCCAGCACGUGGCAAAACCAUUCUUGCUUAUAAGAUUCAACAAUAUCUCAACUGGACAAAUCAUAAGGCUAAAGUGUUUUCUGUGAGCUCAUACAGACGUAAACACAUUGAGUUGUAUAGUAGCCAUGACCUCUUUCGUAAGGAAAACAGUGAAGCGGCUGAGAUUCGUCAAUUAAGUGCACAAGAAGCACAAGAUGAUGCCACCAAAUGGUUACAAGAUGGAGGCGAUGUAGCUAUAUUGGAUGGCACUCAUAUAACACAAGCUCGCCGUCAAGCAGUGUAUGAUCAUUUUGCUAAGGUCAUGGGGUAUAAAGUAUUAUUUAUUGAGUGUGUUUGUGAUGAUGAGAUGCUUAUUGAGCACAAUGUCAAAGAAGUGAUGCAAUUCAGUAAGGACUAUAGAAAUAUGUCUAGUGAGAAAGCUCUUGAUGAUUUUCAUCACAAGAUUGAACAUUAUAUGGAACAACAUGAACCCAUGAAACCAAAAACAGAUGGCUAUAGCUACAUAAAAUAUUUGAAUGCAGGAGAAUCACUAACUGUCUGUCGUUUGAAUUCUCCUAUGCAAAGUGAGGUGUUAGCCUUUGUUUCAAACUUCAAACCAUUAGCAAAAACGUUCUAUUUUUCAAGACAUGGUGAAAGUGAAAACAAUGUUUUGGGUCGUAUUGGAGGAGAUGCAGAAUUAUCAGUCCGUGGCCGUACUUAUGCUGCAGCAUUAGCACGCUAUUUUAAUAAUGAGAAUCGUUUAGAAGGACUACGCGUAUGGACUAGUGAAUUGAAACGUACCCACCAAACAGCUCAAGGUAUUAAAGCACCAAUAGAACCUGUACCUUUUCUAAAUGAGUUAUAUGCUGGUGUAUGUGAAGGAUUGAGUUAUGAAGAGAUGCAAUGCAAAUUUCCACAAGAGUUUGCUUGGCGUGAUCAAGAUAAGUUACAGUAUCGGUAUCCAUGGGGAGAAUCGUACAUAGAUAUUAUGACACGAUUGAAACCAGUAUUGUUGGAACUUGAAGGAGAUAUAGAUAAUUUAUUGAUAAUCAGUCACCAAGCUGUUUUAAGAUGCUUACUUGGAUAUUUCUUAAAUAAGAAACAUGAAGAAUUACCAUACAUUAACGUACCUUUGCACACCAUCAUCAAGCUAACUUUAAGUGGCUAUAAAUGCAAAAUGGAAGUGAUUAAGUUAAACAUUGAAUGUGUGGACACAUAUCGUAUGCAACCAAAGAACUGUUCUGUCAAUCGUUCAACUGAUGAUGCCUUAUUAACAGUACCAGCUCAUUUUGAGAAUUUAUCUUUGUGGAAUCAUGCGCCAAUUGUUCAGCUUUGAACACAAACCAAACAUAAUAUAUAAUUAGAUAUAUUUAUAUUUGCAUAGACAAUAGACAUAAAUUAAUUUACAAUAUCCCAAUUA